AUGAAGAAGUGUGACAUUUAUGGCUCACACAAAAAGCCUUUCCUGGCAUGCCUGUUCAGGUACAAUGGGCUGUCCUUCGUCUACCUCAUCUACCUCCUCCUCAUUCCCCUCUUUGCGGAGCCCACCAGAGCCACCAUGCAGGGUCACACGGGGCGCCUGCUGAAGUCGCUGUGCUUCAUCAGCAUCUCCUUCCUCAUCGUCCACAUCAUCUACCAGAUCACCAUCCACAGCCUGCUGGCAUCGGAGGCCAUCGACGCCCAGUUCAACUGUUCCUCUUGGGAGAAGUCCAUGAGACAGAUAGGCUUUGAGAGCGUGAUCGGCGCAGACGGGGGCAAUGGCAUCCGAGUGUUCAUCCCGGACAUUGGCAUGUUCAUGGCGGGGCUGGGCACCUGGAUGCUGUGCCAGCGGAGUCUGAUGCAGAAGAGACCGGCUGAAGGGAUGGCCCAGGACAACACCGAGUUUGAGCCCGAGGAGAUGGAUGAUGAGAAAGAUGCCGAGAAAGUGGACCUGGAUGACAACAUCCUGUUUGACGAGGACUUUGAUGCCGAAGACGAGGCUGAGGACGAGGAAGACAUGCUGUUUGAAGAGGAGGAUGACGAAGAAGAGGAAGAGGAGGUGGAGGAGAGCACCAAGAUGAAGAUCUUGCGUCACGUCGCUGGCGUGGCGUCCAAAGUCAAAGAGAUCAUCGGCAACCUGAUCACCACUGCGGGGAAGGUGGUGGUCACCAUCCUAUUGGGUCUCACAGGCAUCAUGCUCCCGUCGGUGACAUCCCUGACGUACUUCCUGGUGUUCCUGGGCCUGUGCACGUGGUGGUCACUGUGCCGGACCUUCGACACGCUGCUGUUCAGCUGCCUGUGCGUGCUCAUGGCCAUCUUCAGCGCCGGACACAUCGUGGUGCUCUACCUCUACCAGUUCCAGUUCAUCCAGGAGAGCUUCUCACACAACGACACUGUCGUCAGUGUGUUCGGCAUCUCUCCUGUCAUCCAGACUGACUGCUCCUCCACCUGGAGGUUCGUGGUGAACCCCACGCUGGAGUGGCACCACUUCGUCAACCCCAUCAUGCUCCUGGUGCUGUACUACACGCUGGCCACACUCAUCCGCCUGUGGCUGCAGGAGCCCCUGGAGGAUGAGGACGAGGAAGAGCUGGAGGAGAACGAGGAGGAUGUCGCCGUGGGCAACAGCAGUGGCCACACUGCGGAGCACAAGAGGCAACAGUGGUGGAAGGCGCACCAGCGCACAGAUGAGAGAAACCUACUCUCCACCACACAGGAUGGCUACAGCACCUCUGAGGCAAUUGUCGUCUCUUCAAACGGGACGUCUUUUGACUACGUCUCCACCCGAAACACUGAAAACGGGCCUGUCGGAAUGGACGUCUACUCCACCCCUCAGUACAAAGUGGACCAAACCAACUUGAUAUCAGAGAAAAAAGACAGUGGCGUAUACGAAGUGACAGACAUCCCAGAGGAGGAGAAGCAGAAGGAUGAGGAGGAUGGGGAGGAGGGGGAUGAGGGGGAAGGAGAGGAGGAGGAGGAGGAGGAGAAAGGGCCGAGCGCUGUGGUGAAGGUGUUCCGGUUCGUCAUGAAGCAGAGCUACAUCUGCGCCCUCAUCGCCAUGAUGGCGUGGAGCAUCACGUACGUGAGCUGGCUGACGUUCGUCCUGCUGCUGUGGUCCUGCAUGCUGUGGAUGGUGCGCGACCGCCGCCGCUACGCCAUGCUCAGCUCCCCCUUCAUGGUCGCCUACGGCAACCUCAUCCUGCUGCUGCAGUACAUCUGGAGCAUCGAGCGGGUGCCGGGCGUGCCAGGCCUCUUCCUCAAGUCGCCCGUCCCCUUCUCCGACCUGGGCUCCAAGAUCCUGUGCCUGCUGAGCUUCUGGCUGCUGCUGCAUCAGACGCUGACGGAGCGGCAGGACAAGCUCAACGAGGAGGCCGAGGCGGCGGCAGAGGCGGAGACGGAGACGGACCUGUCUGACGUGAAAGUGGACGUUCCGAAAAAGGGUGAGACCGACGCUGAAGUGGACGAGAAUGACCUCAUGCAGGUGCUGGGCAACAUGGUCAUGGCCCUGCUGGUCAAGUACUGGAUCUACAUCUGCGGCGGCAUGUUCUUCUUCGUCAGCUUCCAGGGCGGCAACGCCAUGUACAAGAUCAUCUACAUGAUGAUGUUCCUCUUCUGCGUGGCCCUCUACCAGGUUCACUACGAGUGGUGGAGGAGGAUCCUGAAGUAUUUCUGGAUGUCCGUGGUGGUGUACACCAUGCUGGUGCUCAUUCUAGUCUACACCUUCCAGUUUGAGAACUCGCCCAGAAUCUGGCACAACAUGACCGGCUGGGAGAAGGAGAAACUGAAGGAUCUCGGUCUGGAGCAGUUUGUGACGACGGAGCUGUUUGCGCGCAUCUUCAUCCCCGCGUCCUUCCUGCUGGUCACCAUCCUGCACCUGCACUACUUCCACGAGCGCUUCUUGCAGCUCACCGACCUCAAGGCCGUCGUCACCAAACAGGACAGCAGCAUCUACAGGCUGGCGCACCCCGAGGGCAGCUUGGCGGACAUCACCAUGCUGAGCUCGUCGUCCCCCGACCCGCUGCUGAAGGAGCAGAGCGGCAGCUCGGAGCGGGAGCCGGAGCGGGAGGACGAGAAGCUGGUGCUGGUGGUGGGGCUGGAGAGGCCCAAGUCCAGGCAGCCGUCCAUGAUGCUGUCCAGCCAGGACGAGAGCGUCCGGAGCGUGCCCAGCGUCCGCAGCGUCCCGAGCGCUGCCUCAGAGCCAGAGCCCCCCUCUGACCAGAGCUCAGACCUGAAGAACAAGUGGCAUUUGGUGGUGGACCGGCUGACUGUCCUCUUCCUGAAGUUUCUGGAAUAUUUCCACAAGCUCCAGCUCUUCAUUUGGUGGCUCCUGGAGAUCCACAUCAUCAAGAUCGUCUCCUCCUGCAUCAUACUGGUGUCAGUCAAAGAGGUGUCCUUGUUUAACUAUGUGUUCCUGGUGUCGUGGGCGUUCGCCAUGCCCUACAGUCAGUUCCGCCCCCUCGCCUCCAGCGUCUGCACCGUCUGGACCUGCGUCAUCAUCAUCUGCAAGAUGUUGUACCAACUGAAGUCCUUUGAGCCAAGCACAUACUCCAGUAACUGUUCCUUGGCUGAAGGCUAUCAACCGAAGCAGGUGGUUGAGCUGAAAGAGUCCCUACUGUAUAAAGACCUUGUUGAUCCCUCCAACUGGGUGGGUCUGAAGAAGUUCGAUCAGUUGCUGGAGAAUCUCAGGAACAACUUAUUGAUGCUGGCCAUCCUUGCCUUUGAGGUGACCAUCUACCGACACCAGGAGUACUACCGCCUGCAUAACAACCUCAGCCCACCCCCGUCCAGAACUAUCUUCCAUGACAUCACACGGCAGCACCUUGACAUGGGCAUUGUCAACUGUGUCAAAUACUUCAUCAACUACUCCUUCUACAAGUUUGGGCUUGAGGUGUGCUUCCUGCUUGUGGUCAAUGUGAUUGGACAGAGGAUGGACCUCUAUGCCGUGUUCCAUGCUUUUGGCCUGAUAGCAGUCAUGUACCGGCGGCGGAGGAAAGCCAUCGCCGAGAUCUGGCCCAAAUACUGCUGCUUCCUGGCCUGCCUGCUCACCCUGCAGUACUUUAUGUGCAUCGGAAUACCACCAGCAGCCUGCAAAGAGUACCCCUGGAGGUUUCCAAGCUCUACCACAGACUCAAAUGUGAUCAAAUGGCUCUUUCUACCUGACUUUCACACUAAACCCAAUCCCACGUUUCUCGCCUAUGACUUCAUGCUGCUGUUGUGCGCAUCGAUGCAGAGGCAGGUGUUUGACGAUGAGAACAAGGCGGCCGUGCGUCUCAUGGCCGGAGACAACGUGGAGAUCUGCCGAGACCUGGACGCUGCCUCCUUCAGUGUCUACAACCCAGUGCCAGACUUCAUCCACUGCAGGUCAUACCUGGACAUGUUGAAGGUGAUCAUGUUCAGCUACCUGUUCUGGUUCGUGCUCACCAUCAUCUUCAUCACGGGCACCACGCGUAUCAGCAUCUUCUGCAUGGGCUACCUGGUGGCCUGCUUCUACUUCCUGCUCUUUGGCGGAGACCUGCUGCUCAAGCCCAUCAAGAAGAUCCUCCACUACUGGGACUUCCUCAUCGCCUACAACAUCUUUGUCAUCACCAUGAAGAACAUACUGUCUAUCCUUGCCUGUGGCUACAUCAAAGACCUGAUGGUGAAACAGUGCUGGCUGAUCCAGUUGUUCAGUCUCGCCUGCACCAUUAAAGACUACAAAGUCUACGAUGAAAUCAAAGAGACACAGUGUGAGUUGCCUAGCGACGAGGCAGGUAUCAUCUGGGACAGUAUCUGUUUCGCCUUCCUGCUGCUCCAGCGGCGCGUCUUCAUGAGCUACUACUUCCUGCAUGUGGUAGCUGACAUCAGGGCCGCACAGAUCCUCGCCUCCAGAGGGGCCGAGCUGUUCCAGGCCACCAUCGUGAAGGCAGUCAAGGCUCGGCUGGAGGAGGAGAACAAGUCGAUGGAGCAGCUGAAGAGACAGAUGGACCGGAUUAAGACCCGGCAGCAGAAGUUCAAGAAGGGCAAGGAGAAGAUCCUCUCCAUGACCCAGGAGUCCGGUGAUGGCCAGAACCUCAUCCCACCUGAGGAAGAGGAUGAUGAUGAUGGAGCAGAGAAAAAGACGGCCAAAAAAAAGCAGUGGUGGAGGCCUUGGGUUGACCAUGCUUCCAUGGUUAGAAGUGGAGACUAUUACUUAUUUGAAACUGACAGCGAGGAAGAGGAGGAAGAGGAGGAGAAAAAAGAGGACGAACCUCCCAGAAAGUCAGCCUUCCAGUUUGUUUACCACACCUGGAUCACUGACUCCAAAACCGCCCUGAAGGAGAGGAGCAAAGAGAAGCGACGAUUCUGGAAGAAAUAUGCGAGAGGAAGACACAAGAAGAGCAAGAAAGAGGGUCAUGUGACCAUCGAGGUGGGAGACUCGGAGCAGUCGGAGAACGAGGAGGAUGGGAAGAAGUCUCCAGACAACAUCAUCAAGCGUGUCUUCAACAUCAUCAAGUUCACGUGGGUUCUCCUGCUGACUACCAUCGACAGUCUGACCAUGUGGAUGAACUCCAUGUGCAGAGAGUACAUCGACAUCUCCACCGUGCUCCGCAUUGAGCGCUGCAUGCUCACCAGGGAGGUCAAAAAGGGCAACGUCCCGUCGCGGGAGAGCAUCCAGGUGUACUACCAGAAGCAGAUGUGCUUGGCCAUGUCCCGCGAGUCCGGUCUGGACCGCAUCAGCGAGGAGGACUCCAUGUCCGGCUCCCACCGGGUCAGACGGAGGCGGGCCGCCUACAGGGUGGACAGCCAGGACUCCAGAGACUCCAUGGCGUCGCGAGACAGCAUGUCCAGUGCCUACACUGAGGCCACCAUGCUCUUUUCCCGUCAAUCCACUCUGGAUGACCUGGACGGAAUGCCAGAGAACAUUCCAAAAACCAGUGAGCGUGCCCGGCCAAAGCUGCGCAAAAUGUACGGCCUGGACAUGUCCAACUCCUCAGCGGACAGCGGCAGCAGCAUUAUAUCCAGUGAGCCCACUCAGUGUGUGACCCUGUUCUCACGGCAAGGCACCAACGACACCAUUGAUGAGGUGGAGGGUGAGCAGGACCAGGCUGAGGAGGAGGAGCAGGAGGUGCAGCAGCAGGAGCCAUGGCAGGAGCCGGAGCAGGAGCAGGCUGGACCUGUGGAGCGGGUGGAGCCAGCGGAGCAGCCAGAGGAGGAGCUGGAGGGAGACGCCAGCAGUCUCUGGCCUGCAGGAGGCGAUGUGGAGUUGGACGUUGAGAGGGAAGAGGGGGAGGAGGAGGACAACCAUGAAGAAGCGAGAGAGCACAUACGCGACGAGGGCGAGUCCUCCGGGCUCGAGUACCUGCACGCGGACGGGCGAGAGGGCCAGCUGUUCACGCCGGACACGGACGCCCCCAACACCUCGGACGCCGACGUGCCGCCCAGCUACAGCAAGGCGGUCAGCUUCGACCGGCUGUCCGUCAGCACGGACGGCAGCGGCGACGACAGGAGGAUGAUGAUCAUGACCCCGGACAGCCGCUCCGACCUGGACGACUCCCUGCUGCCCUCCAUGACCACUGAGCUGACCGCCAGCGAGCUCCUGCUCAACAAGAUGUUUUACGACGAGGAGCUGGAGAACUCGGAGCGCUUCUACAAAGGCCAGCCCCAGCUGCUGCAGCUGUGCUACGCCCUGUACAACAUGCUGGUGGCCCACUCGGAGAUGGUCUGCUACCUGGUCAUCAUCCUCAACCACAUGAUCUCGGCCUACGCGGCCACCCUGGUGCUGCCCAUCCUCAUCUUCCUCUGGGCCAUGCUGUCCGUGCCGCGGCCCAGCAAGCGCUUCUGGAUGACCGCCAUCGUUUACACAGAGGCCACCAUUAUAAUCAAAUACUUCUUCCAGUUUGGCUUCUUCCCGUUCAACCAACAACUGGCUAUGCAUAAGAACAGGCCCUUCCAUCCUCCAAACAUCAUCGGCACGGAGAAGAAAGAAGGUUACGUGCACUACGACCUGGUCCAGCUUCUUGCCCUGUUCUUCCACCGCUCUAUUCUGAAGUGUCAUGGACUGUGGGACGACGACGGCCCCAGACCGUCUCCAGAGAAGGACACCACCCUUCAUCGGGACGAGUCCGAGGACGAGGAGAAGGCCGUGUCCAUGCACUCGUCGCAGGACAGGAAGGGCUUCGUCCCCUCCAUGAGGUCCAUCAACUUCGGGACGUCCGUCGACUCGGUGCAUGUGCAGAUGCAGGUGCAGGUGCGCACGGCGGAGCAGCGCACCUAUCAGAGGAGGCGGAGGAGCUCCGGCGGAACCUCGCACCUCUCCAGACACUCCUCCCUGCGCUCCAAGAGAGGUAGCACCAGCACACGCAACAGCAGCAAGAAGGAUGGGAGCGAGCCUGAGGUCCACCAGAAAAGCCGCAAGGAGAUGAUUAUCGAGAAGAUCCGGGAACAGCUCAUCAAAGCCAGGGUGUUCACCGUCAAGAGAGCUUUGGAGAUCUACCUCCCCAUUCGCCAGUUCUUCUACAACCUGGUCCACCCUGAUUACAGUGCCGUGACGGACGUCUAUGUGAUGAUGUUCUUGGCCGACACGGUGGACUUCAUCAUCAUUGUCUUCGGCUUCACAGCUUUUGGAAAACACACGGGUGGCGCUGACAUUGCCUCGUCGCUGUCGGAGGAUCAGGUCCCAGGUGCUUUCUUGGUCAUGGUCCUGAUCCAGUUUGGCUCCAUGGUGGUGGACCGGGCCCUCUACCUCAAGAAGACUGUGGUGGGCAAAGUAAUAUUCCAGGUGAUCCUGGUGUUCGGAAUCCACUUCUGGAUGUUCUUCAUCCUUCCUGGAGUAACGGAAAGGCGGUUCGGUGACAAUAGGGUGGCCCAGGUAUGGUACUUUGUGAAGUGCAUUUACUUUGGCCUGUCAGCCUAUCAGAUCCGCUGUGGAUACCCCACACGAGUGCUGGGCAACUUCCUCACCAAGAGCUACAACUAUGUGAACCUCUUCCUCUUCCAAGGAUUCCGGUUGAUUCCGUUCCUGACGGAGCUGCGUGCAGUCAUGGACUGGGUGUGGACAGACACCACCCUCAGCCUGUCCAGUUGGAUCUGUGUGGAGGACAUCUAUGCCCACAUAUUUGUGCUCAAGUGCUGGAGAGAGUCGGAAAAGCGUUACCCUCAGCCGCGGGGCCAGAAGAAGAAGAAGGUGGUGAAGUACGGCAUGGGGGGCAUGAUCGUCAUGCUGCUCAUCUGCAUCGUCUGGUUCCCGCUGCUCUUCAUGUCCCUGGUCAAGUCUGUGGCCGGCGUGGUCAACAAGCCCCUGGACGUGUCCGUCAAGCUCCAGCUGGGAGGAUUUGAGCAUAUAUUCACCAUGAGUGCCCAGCAGAAUCAUCUGAGGAAUAUAUCUGAGGAUGAGUUUAACAAAUUUCUGAAGAUAUAUGGGUCCGAUACAGUCGUUAUGCCGUUUCUAGAGUCCUACACGUUUGACGACCUGACCAUAGCCGAGUUGGAGGGCAGCUCCAACUCCCUGUGGACCAUCAGUCCCCCCAGUAGAAAGACUCUCAUCCAGGUCCUGGGGAUGACUGAAGAUGAGUUUACCAUCACCAUAGACUGGUCUGUGCAAAGGGACAUAACGUUAGGGGCCAAGGCUGAGGUAUCCAGUGGGAAAUUUGUGACCAACCUGGAGGACAAGACCAGGAUAGAGCUGGUCCAGCUGCUGAACGGCACACGGAAGGACUCUGUGAUAAUCCCACAUAUUUUCCCACAAUAUUUAAGAGCUCCAAGUGAUUCAAGUGCCAAACCUAUCGAGCAGUUUUAUAAGGAUGAAAAAUACAUAAACAUCACACUGAAUCUGGGCAGGCCUGAAUCAACAUCAAACAAGGCCAAAUCAGCAAAUGAAACGAAAGUGAUCCAAGAGUGGUGGAUCGUCAACCAGACAAGGGCGGGUGACCUCCCGUCCACCUUCAUGAAGCCGAAUAAAUCAGGACUGGAGCUGUAUGUCUUUAGUGACAAGGUUAGCCCGCCUAGCUUGGGCUUUCUGGCUGGAUAUGGGAUCAUGGGCUUGUAUGCCUCUGUGGUGCUCGUCAUCGGGAAGUUUGUGCGCGAGUUCUUCAGUGGCAUCCACCACACGAUUAUGUUCGAGGAGCUGCCCAACGUGGACCGCAUCCUCAAGCUGUGCACCGACAUCUUCCUGGUGCGUGAGACCGGCGAGCUGGACCUGGAGGAGGAUAUGUACGCCAAGCUCAUCUUCCUCUACCGCUCCCCAGAGACUAUGAUCAAGUGGACCAGGGAGAAGACCCAAUGAGGGUCUGGUAGUGCAACAAGGCUCACUGCAAGGGCCAGUUGUUUUUUUAUAAACAAUGAUAACAGCAAGCACAAAAACAAGCACAAGGUGGAUGAGCAAGUAUGGCAUUGACUUUCUGUCAGUGUAUGAUCGUGGGGUUGAAGUGGGUGUUAGGGUACAGAUUUCUCCUUGGUUUGUGCCACAAAAGAAGUUGAUGUGUUUACAGUGCACAGCAUUACCCCAGCACGGUGGAUCAUCUCUCUUCCAGCUGCUGGGCUUUGAAGGGCUUCCUCCAGGAUUGGAAACAGACUGCAGUCUGCUCCCCAUACCAUAGGUCCAUUGCACUGACCUGAUGUAUGCUUGUUGGACAUGCUUGGACCAUUUUAAGCUGGUGGCGCAUCGGGCCAAUAUGGAUAAAUACAAGACGUACUUUUCCAAAGAAAUGUAUUUAUUCUCCCGUUUCUCCUGAAUCCUGGAAUAUGAACAGAACAUCCUGAGAGGAUGGCUAUGAGGAUAGCCUCCUCUAAGUAAUACGAUAUAAAACACACACAUCUAUACAUAUAUAUAUAUAUAUAAAUAUAUGAUCUUGCCUUAUUUUGUUUGUACGAUUGAAAAACAAAACAAAACUUGACGACGCAUUAAUUAGUUACAAUAUUUCUCAGGAAAAAACACUAUUUACAACAGUCACAUAUCAUUUCCAUAUGAUGCUUUAUGUGAAUGUAAACUGGCUAAAAAUGGCUUUUCAUGUGUCAGCAGUCUCAUGACACAGUGCAGAAAAUGCUGUACCUCUAUAUGCUCACCCUUUGUUUACAGGUACUAGUGUUGUUGGACUGAGAGGCUUUUGUGUUGAUGUAGAAAUCUCUGUGAUGAAUUUAUAAUAAUUACCAAAGUUUAAUUGUAAAAGUUAAAUAUUUGGUAUGGUAAAUAUGAGGGUACCUUUGUUGUGUCUACUUCUGUAAUUAUGAUGUAUUUGGGAUAACUGCAAUCUAUGGACAAUGAGGUGAACACUUAAACAUGCAUGGAGGACCCCGGUAUGGACAUACUUAAGCGCAAAGGGGGCAGCUUGCGUUGAAGCAGCGAAAGAGUGGUAGAAUACGCUGGAAAUUCUACCAGCUGUGACCAGGGAGAACCCAAGUUAAUGGUCACAUUUAAGUAAGCAAAUAUGACAUGAUGAUGUGUUUAUUCCCACUUAUAACCAUCAACUAUUUUAAGAGUUAAGAGUAGAAAAACGAGGAUAGAGAAGGUAAAUAAUUACGUUCCAAACAAAGCAAAUAUGCAUUAGCAAAAGCAUGAUAACAUGGUUUUUGACUUGAGACCUUUUUCAUUACAUGCAAAUACUAUGUAGAGGGGCGUAGCGAUAUGAAAAUGAAUGGAGUAAUGAAGUUGAACCCAUCUUCCUGUAUCAGCUGUAGCAUUGCAUGUGUUGACUCAUUUGCCAUUACAUUUUCUCUCUCAGACCUUCUUUUCUAAUUCUACAAUUCAUCCUUCACUCCUAGAGAUUUUUUGGCCAGCUGCAUGAUGUAACCCUGGAGCAACAUCUACAAAUAAAGA